UUGUUAAGUAGCUUACACGCCCCGUAGUCGUCUGUGCGGAAGCAGACCUGCGAAAAGGAAUUCAUCAAGACAGUCUGAACGCUCUUGGCGUCGCCAAACAAAAGAAAUGAGCUUCUUCGGUUCGUCCCCCGGUUCUUCGUUCGGUUUUUCAUCCGGUUUUUCGUCCAGUUCCUCAUCUGGUUUGUCGUCCUUUUCUUCAUCCCAGUCAGGGGGUACACGCCCUCACGACAUCACCUCUAAACAGGGUCUCACCAACUUGUACAACUCUGGCGUGGCUUCUGUGGAGCAUGUGUCUAGGCCCAUGGGAGGAGUGAUAGGGGCUAUAGGAGUCCCCCACUCUGGUGUCGUUGUGACCACUAACAGUGGCGAUCGCUGGCUCGUGCACAAGGGAAAAGGAUAUGGAGAUUCAAGUCCGACUGUGGUCACAGAUGCCAAACACAUGAGUGGAGCCUGGACAUCAGGAGGUUCUCAGCCCGCGCAGCCUGGGACCAGAGUAGCUGAUUAUGUCAAAGCUGGUGGAGGGAGUUACAAUGGGCUUUUCGACAAUUGCCAUGAUGCUUCUAGGAGGAUGAUGAAUGUCGGGAAGGGAAAACGUUGACCGAGAAACAUAGAUGUUCUUUACCUCGGUUUUAAGGCGAAUCAGUGAUGCUCAUAUCCAUAAUAAGCUAUAGUGUAAUUGAGACUGUCCAGCUACUUGCCUUGAAGGCUUUAAAUGUAAACGUAAUUAUUAGUCGUCCACUGAAAAAUUUGGCUGAAAAUACAAUUCAGUAAUUUGUGGACGCAUAAUGAUAAACGGUAAGGUAGGAGAGUAAUAAAUAUGUGGAAUGAUUAUGUGAUUCGAUUUCUAGCUAUAUACAGUAAGCAUUGAAGAAACAAGACAAAAAAAAAAAAUAGAAAAGUAAUAGACUGACGUAAUUCUGUAGCCCAGGACAGGCCUUUAAUAAAGAUCAGAAUGAUUGAUAGAUGAUUAAA